CAGAGCAAUGAAAAGUGAGCACAGCAGCAGCAGUAGUACUGUGAAGUUACACAAUACACAUGAAACAACGUACCGUGAUUUCAAGACGGCCGAAGAAUGCACCAUACGUCGAGAGGGUGGGAGGCGUGACGGGUUUGUCCUGUUUUUCCUCCUCCUGGUGUUGAGAUGACAUGAGAGCAGAGCCCUGACUAAAGUGGAGCAGAAAGGGAGGGAGGUGUCCACCAUUCUCUGGCCAUCAUCAUUCUCCACAGCGGCGCCAUCGCAUCCCAGGGCUUUGUUUUGUGGCCAAGCAUCUGUGUCAAAAGAGAUUACAUUAGCAGUGUGGAAUGAGACACAGAGUUGCUUGUAAGUUAGAAUAAUGUUGCCGGGCGUGGGUGUAUUUGGAACCGGGCAGACGGUACGUGCCUUAGUGCCGUUGCUCCAAAAGGAAGGCUUCCCUGUUCAGGCUGUUUGGGGCCAUACGCAAGAGGAAGCAGAGUCACUAGCCAGCGAGUUGAACAUUCCCUUUUCCACCAACAAGACAGAUGACGUGCUGUUACAUCCAGAAGUCCAUCUUGUCUGCAUAUUGACACCACCUCCACACACACGCCAGAUUGCAGUAAAAGCUCUAGGUAUAGGUAAAAAUGUGAUCAGUGAGCAGGCAGCUACACUUACAGAUGCCUGUAAGAUGGUGACAGCGGCAAGAUAUUAUCCACAGCUUAUGAGUAUCAUGGGAAAUUCCUUGCGCUUCUUGCCCGCAUUUGUCCAGAUGAAACGCCUGCUAGGAGAGGGUUAUUGUGGGAACUUGCAGGUAUGUGAAGCACGUGUUUAUGGAGGCUCGCUGCUCAGCCAAUCAUAUGGAUGGGCAUGGGAGGAGCUGAUGGGGGGAGGUGGCCUGCAUACAGUUGGCUCCUGCAUCAUUGACCUCCUGAGCCACCUCACGGGACGUCGGGCUGUGCGAGUGCAUGGAAUGCUCCGGACUUUCGUACGUCAAGGUGGCCCAGUGGGAGGGAUUCGUUCUGUGACUGCAGAUGACUACGCUUGCUUUCAGCUGCUGAUGAAUGGAGGCGUGGUUUGCAGCGUGACAUUAAACUUCAAUCUACCUGGCACAGAUGUGCAUGAGAUCAUGCUUGUGGGGUCAUCAGGACGACUUGUUGCUCGAGGAACAGAGCUGUACGGCCAGCGGGCCAGCAUGCAAGUAGAGGAGCUUCUUUUGAGCGAUGGUGGAGAAGCUGUUGGGCCAUCUGUCAGGGGACUGAACGGCAUGGUGACCCAGCUCAGACUCUCGUUUCAGGCACAAGAGGACAGGCGCUCUUGGGUGCGGCAUCCUGUUUCCAUGGCAGCCUCCUUCGAGGAUGGGCUGUAUGUACAGACGGUUGUAGAUGCUAUCAAACGGUCAAAUCGCACUGGAGAGUGGGAGUCAGUGGAGGUCAAAAUUCAGGAUGUUGACUCAAACCACAACCACAGAACCCUGCCAAACUAACACUACACACACUGUUACAUUCUACAUAUGCUAUCUCAAGACUGAGCCUAUUAACAUCAUUCACUUUCUUUUACAAUAAAACAACCAUGCUUUAAUUUUAAACGUAUAGAUCCCGGAGGCCCUCUCAACUGCAUAUUUUGCAUCUCUCCUUUGUCUGACCAUUUCAGGUCUUGGAGUCUGUACUAAUGAGCUGAUGAGCUGAAUCAGGUGUGUUUGAUUAAGGAGACAUGGAAAACAUGGGGUGGGGGGCCUCCAGGAACAUGGUUGGAAACCACUGAUAUAGAUAAUAUAACAAAGUUUAUGCAUACUAUCUGAAAGAUUUAAGUUAUGCAAAACACUGGAAAUGCGUCACUGGAUAGGAAUUGUGGUUUCAGGAUUGUUUUGUUGCUUAUUUACUGUAACAAAAAAGAUGUGCAAAGCUUAGCUGUGAAAAACUAUUUCUGUGCUUUUCCUAUUUUUAUGUGAUCUUUUGAGUUUAAAUUUGAGUCACAGGGUUUAAAUGUGAGCCUCUUAAGUUUUUAUAUUUUGAGUAGUGAAGAUAAGCUUGUGCUCUGAUGAGUAUUUUUUUGCUGUAUAUGUGUGUGAGAGAGAGAGAUUUACAGCACUGAUAAAUUUAUUAUGCUGGACACUAGAUAUCAUUUACUGUAAUAUACCUGUUGUGACUUGUUGCCUGAUGUCCAGUGCAUUGGACAUGUUAAAGGUUCUACUAAACUGCACAAAGUUUCUUGAAUUAUAUUUUUUAUUGCUGAAUUGGUGUCUGUGCACUGUUUAAGAGAGGGUGAUGGGUUGAUGUGUGGAUGGUGUUUUUAUUAUUUGUUAUGAGUUCAAAAUAAAUAUUUAACUUAAUUUAAUUAAAUGUUUUUAA